GAGAGAAUAAAGAUACAUGGUACACGCGCGUUGUUUUGAUUACACAUCGAAGUUUUGCUUUUCAUGUACGGUAAACAUGUAUUUCAAGCGUUGUGAAAUGGAUGAAGCAUUCGAUAGGUUUAUCCUGUCGCUGGCCAAAAGAUCUGCGAACCACUCCGACUUCCUCUACGUCCUAUCCGGUGAAACGCUAGGCAAAGACGUCAGAAAUUACGUUCUAGCUCUGCAUCGGAACAAGGAACACGAAGUGGAGCUUUCCGUCGCAGAAUAUCGCGUCAGUAUCGAGGAUUACCAACACGUACAGUCCAGGGAUAACGAUAUUAAAAAAAUUACCCAAAAUCUGCCCACUCAAGCUCCCCGAGCUGAGCGAUCCAAGCGAUAUCUAAUCUUGGCAAACUUCCACGAUGAAAUAAGCGUAGCCGACGCACAGAUCAUCAAUCAAGCUGUGCUGGAGCGUCAGAAUGUGCUGCAAUACCCGCAGAAGUUGCUAAACAUCCUUCGAGCUGCCAGGAUCGAUCGUAAACUGGGUGGCAGCAACAUCUACGAAUUCUUUUUAAAUUUCAAAAAUUCCAAGAAAACCGUAAAACAACUCUUACUAACCGACUGCUUCGAGGCUUCGACAGCGCCAAACGCUUACUACCGAUUGGAUCCGAUCGUAAAGAACGGCAUCUGCCUCAUGGAGCUGUACGAAGAUCCCCAGGGUGCAGACUUGGGCCUUUUCCUCAUCCGGGAAGCAACUGACAACCCCCUGAUAACCCACGUCCAACCGGCUCGACAGCUGAGCGAAGUAACCGACGCGACUCGGUUCAUUGUAAAUUACACCGUAGCGUUUGAAGACCUUUGCCGGCUACGAACGAGCGGAAAGUGCCACGAAGUAAUCUACCGCGAAGACUACGGACUGGUGUACUGGAUGAAAAGUUCCGGUUCGACGAACAAGCUACGACCUUUCUUGAGUUGCGGUGACACAGAUUCCUACGAACGGUGCGUUCCACCAGGGCAUUGGUUGAACGUGAUCUACGCCGAGCGAAGCGCCGGGAAGAGCGCGUUCCUAAGGUUUCUUGAGCGAGAGUUCCGUCGGUUGAAGGCGUUUUCUGUCGUUCGGGUGGUAGAUGGAGUUAAGCUGGACGAAUUGAGCGGCUUAUCGUUGGAGGACAAGCUGAGGAAACUCUGCGAAGUGAAAACGGAGAAGGAAUUUGAAGCUCUGGAAGUUUUGAUGAGACGCCCAGAAGAGGUACUGUUACUGUUCGACGCCGUAGAUCACAUCGGUAAUUCGGUGGUGGAGUUUUUUAAGGAGCUCGAAGAAGGAUUUGAUGGAGCUGUGAAGGUCUGGAUUGCGGCUGAUCGCAAACUGCAAAAUCUGAUCGAGAACAGUUUUCCUGUAGUUAGUCACGAGUUUCCGGUGUUGAACGAAGGCGAACAAGCCAAAUGCUUGAAGGUUAUGGCUCCCCAUUUAAACGAGGGUCAACUAGAAAAGGCAUUGGCCUUGGCACGGCAGCAGAACGCCUAUGAGGUUGAUGGGUAUCCCAUCAAUCAUUCGUUCACGGGCAACGUGUUUCACUUGAAGUUAGUAGCCGAAGUAGGUUUGGAAGAUAGUCAAUCCAAGUACCAACCUGAUCUGCUUGAGCUGUUUGUGCAAAUCCAUUGCAUUUCCGGUAAUCACGAAGAAUUGGAGGAAAAGUGCUACCGAAUGAUCGCUGAAGGUCACUAUGAUGCAGCGGUGACGCGCCUGUGUCUGCAUUCAACCAUAGUGGAAUAUCUGGCGGCUAAAUAUCUUGCUAGGCGACUCGAAUUGAUUACCUUAGAACUCUACCGCAAGUUCCGUUCUCUAGGAAACAUGUUGGACCGUAUCUUGGUUCGGAACUGCAAUCUUGCCAGAGCAGUUUUGAACAAAGAUCUAGAGCAGGUGCAAGCAAAUCUUGAACAACGCGGGACAUCAUUCGACACACUUCGCCGAACUCCUUUGCAUCUAUGUCACGACGCCCUUCCCAUCGCUGAAGUUUUGAUUUCCGCCAGUAUCGAUUUUGAAGUUCGUUGUCUCCUCUCCGAUUGCACACCUCUUCAGAUGGCAGACGAACGGCACGAUUGGAAACUGGUUGACCUACUUCUCAAGCAUGGAGCAAAUGCUAGCUUUCCAUCCUUGCGACUACGUUUGAUGCCGUCAAAUGAGCUAGUCAAAGUUCUAGAUAGCUGUAUCGCUUACAACCUUUCGGAGUUGACUCGUUGGAUUCUGACUAAUCGCCCGGAUCUUCGGAUAACACAACCGAUCAUCUACGCCCUCAGUGUCUACGAAGAGUUCAAUCAGGAACUGUCCGAUAGGAUUCUUGAAUUGGCCUUCGAUCAAGAUCUACCGACCCGGGAAGCUCCUUACCGGUUCAUGUGGGGCAAUACGGCUCUACAUCUAGCAGCUCACGGCAAUCGGUUGGAACUUUGUCGUUUCCUUGUAGAGAAACUGAAGUUUGACGUCGACGAGGAAGACUACAGUGGACAAACAGCUAUCGACGAAGCACGAGAUGUCGCAGUGGUGGAGUUUUUGAGAAGCAGAAGUGCAAGGAAGUCUAGAAAGAACAUGGUUUCUGCCAGCGAACCGGAUGAUAGGCGUGAAAGUACUCAGGGAUCGGUGUUCUUCAGAGCAUGCUACUCGGACAACCUGGACUUAGUUCGCUAUGCCGUCGAACAGGAAGGUCACAAUCCUCUUGAGAAGGAGCGCGGUUCCUACGGGCUUAUCCAAGCAGCAGCUUGGGGAAGUUUUCCGAUUGUGCAGUAUCUAUACGAAGUGGGUUUCCACGACCAUCUAGACCUGGAGGACGAUUCGCAAUACACGGCCUUGGCGACAGCUGUUCGCUAUGAGCAUUUCGAAAUCGUGAAAUUUCUAGUCGAGAAAGGAGCAGACACCGGCAAGAUCCGCGAUACACCCGCUAAUCGAGAGCUGUUAAACUUCAUGAUCGAAAGCUUUGAAUUCAAACCGGUCGUUAAUUUUGAGGCUUUGGCCAAUCUGAGCCUCGAAGAUUUGCGAGAAAUCGCGUUAGAUUUUUCAACGAAAGAUGAGAACGGAAGAAUCUUCCUGCACUACUACGUCGAGUACUACUCAGAUCCGGAAAUUCUACGCUUCCUCCUGACCAAAUACGACGACAUAGACUUGGAAUGCCAACACACCGGAAGAACUGCGCUUCACGAAGCCCUGAUAUCUAACCAUCCCCAACUGGUCGACGUACUGUUGGAAGCCGGAGCAGACUUUCGAAAACGUUGCAGUCAAACCGGUCGGAGCGUUUUGCACUUUGCUGCUGCGGCCAUCAACAAACGGCACAUGGAGUCGUUCUUGACCAAAUCUGGCCUGACUAUCGACGAUCGAGACAAGGACGGUCAGACGAUCAUGUUUUAUCUGAAAACAGGUUCGGUUGAAACCGUUCGGUAUUUGGUCGAUCACUACGGAAUGGAUGUUAAUGCUCGGAACAAUCAAGGUCAAAGCAUUCUGCACAAAACGAUCAUAGAACCGACGUACUUCUACUUGCAUGAACUGGAAAUUCUAUUGAGAGACGUUGAAAUUAGACAGAACAUUACCGAUCUACAGGGGAGACUAGCUUUACACUACGCUGUGGAGCAAGAUCAACUCAAAGCAGUUCGUCUGAUGGGUCGCUACGGCUACCUAGAACUUGACCUGAAAGAUUGUAGCGGCAAAAGUCCCCGGAUGUUGGCCGCAGAACUCAACCGAACUGAGAUUUUGCAGUACUUCAACAGUUUGUAAAUUACAGAUACAAUAUAAUUUAGGUAAAAUAAAAA